UCAGGCGCGCUGUUAUCUGUGGAUCCAAAAUGGAUGGAAGAAUUAGGCAAGCCUAGUCUUGGAAGGGCGACGUGGAGAAGAAUGGAUGCGAUGGCGGAGACUCAGGCGGAGGCUGCGGCCCAAGAGGCCUUGGCAGAAGUGGCAAAUAACCUGGCACCUAUAGGCCUACAGGAAGAGGCAGAGCUGCCCGCCCAGAUGCUGGCUGAGUUUGUGAUGGACUCCCGAAAGAAAGACAAGCUGCUCUGCAGUCAGCUUCAGGUAGUAGACUUCCUGCAAAACUUCUUGGCUCAAGAAGACACUCUCCAGGGUUCGGAUCCCUUGGCUUCUGAAGAUUCAAGCAGGCAGAAAGCAGUUGCAACCAAGGAACAGUGGAAAGAGCUGAAGGCCACCUACCAGGAGCAUGUGGAAGCCAUCACAAGUUCCCUCACCCAGAUCCUUCCCAAGGUGGAGGAAGCCCAAAAGAAGAAGGCACAGCUCAAAGAAGCCCUUGCACAGCUCCAGACCAAGAAGCAAGUGGCUGUGGAGAAACUCAGAACAGCCCAAAAGCAGUGGAGGCUGCAACAGGAGAAACGUCUGCAGUGUCUGACUGAGGUUUCUGCAGAAGUAAGGAAGCGCCAGACAGUAACUCAGCAGGAACUUGAGAAGCUAUAUCAGGAACUUGGAACCCUGAAGCAACAGGCAGCACAGGAGCGUGAUAAGCUGCAGAGGUACCAGACCUUCCUCCAGCUACUGUACACCCUUCAGGGUCAGCUGCUGUCUCCUGAAGCAGAGCUACCACAGGAGCUGAAUCUUCCUAACCAUAAACCCCAACAGCUCACCCAGCCCCAUGAGCACAACAGUGAAGACACCAUGGGGAGAAACACCAAUGUGUCUUCUAAGCUGACUGCCCACAGCCAGCUGGAGAGGCAAGCUUCCCAUGGCUUCCUCGGGCACAUAAACAUGAGGAAGGAUCCAGAGUAGAUCAUACUCCAACCCAGACUCUAAAUGUUCCUAAAGUGCAGGAUGAACUGUAAACUUCUGAACAAGACCUGACUUCUGACCAAAUCCCAGGCUCUGGAUUCUGUUGAUUAAAAGCCCAAGCUUUCUCAGUUUGUCUGUUCAUCUGUUGGUGGGAAUAGUCAUACUCAGGCCAUCAAUGUAACAGGGGCUAGGAAUGAAGUGACUGGAAGGUUAAGGUAGUGAGUGGCCCUGACCUAAAUCUCGGAGGUUCCUUUUCCAAAUAGAUGUGAGCUUUUUUUAGGGAGGAGAGAAUGCUUUACGCAUUCUCUGGAUAUUUAUAUACACCCUACAGAAAUGUUUGUUGAAGACCCAUUGCUGUGAACUGUAAACUAUAGUCAUGUGAAAUAUCAUAUGAUAUAUAGCUAUAGUCAUGUAAAAUAUCAUAUGAGUAUGAACAAGUUAAUAAGUUAGAAAGGUGAGUUGAAAACAGUAAAAUAGAUGAUCAAACAGUAAUAUGAUGAAAAACAAUAACAAGAGAAUAUAGAUACUGCUUUCUGUUUGCAUUGACCCAUCUGUUGUAUUUCUGUUUGUGUGUUUUUCUGCAUCUGUGUUUUCCGUCUCCAUUCUUUUGUGCUCUUGCUGAGUGUGAGGGCAGUGAGGACCACUGCUGUGUUUGUGAGAGAUUACAUUCCCUGAUUGCUAGUGUGGGAGCUGUUAUCUAAGAGAAAAAGAGAUUGGGGAUAACUUUAAAGUAUAAAAUUGCUCUCUAUAAGAAAUGGAC